GGCAGCGCGUGUUUUUAGGGGAUUGAUUGUGUAUCUUGAAAUGAGGUGGAAAUUAGGAGGAAAUUUACUUAGAGUAUUUGCACCUUCAUACAUUUAAAUGUAGUUUUUCAUACAUUUAAAUUUCCUUACUUCUGUAAUUUUCAUCUUGUUUCAAGCUACACAAUUAACUUCCAGUAUUAUUUAUAUAUCGAUAUUAUGCAGUGCCGAUAAAUUGGAAAAGAAAAAGAUUUACAAAAUAUCAAAAUAAUGCCGAAACGUGACAAUUCUAUCUUGUAAAUAACAUUAGAUUUUUUUAUACAAAUGCAUACGUUAAUAAAAUCCUGUAUUACUUACUUAAUGACUGAUGCAAAACAAAAAUGAGUACUCGAGUAUUAAAUGACAUUCAUAAUGAUUUAAAACGACUUAUAACAGCACUUACAUCGUUUGAGGAAAGUGAAGAAGGUUUUCGAAUAUGUGAGCGGUUUUGUUUAUCAAAUAUCAAACAUCAUCGAUACCUAUCUAUUGAUAGUCAUGCAACUAAGGAAGCAAUAAAUGCAGUGAUUACCAAAUUUUCAAUUCAUGGAAAAUAUGAAGUUGCUAAAAAGUUUGAGGAACUGGUCAAUUCCUUUCUAUCAAGUUUUGAUUUUGAACAGCAUCCUCAAUAUGAUUUGCAGUGGUAUUUGUUAACAUUUUUAUUGGAUCUAUCCACUGAAACUCAUAAAUCUAAUUUAGAUAGCUUGAAACUCACACGUGGAGAACACAGUUUUAAUGCAGCCACUGGAAAUGAAGAUAGUGUUACUGAAGAGAUAGAUUGGGUGCAGUAUCUAAGAGAGGGUCAAGAGAAUUUCUUUUCUGAUUAUAAAAGUGAUGAUAAUGAAAGUGAAUGGUCUGAUUUAACAGAAGACGAAGGGACUGAUGAAAAUGAUAUUUCUUUACCAGUACAGAUAUGUGAUCAAUUAGAUAUUGUACAGCCUCUAAAAAUUUCUGAUACAACAGAUAAAUUCUCUCUAGCAUUAAUACAAAAUCUUGAAUCUAGAAAGUGGCUCUUAUCAAAUGUCCAGACUGAUUGGUGGAACAAUCUAAAAUGUCAAAAAUAUCCUAUUGUCAAAAGAUCUUGUAAUACUGAUAUAUGUGAUAUUUGGCAUGAAAUAAAUUUGUCAGCUUCAAUAAACAAAAUAGCUACUCUCAGUGAAUAUCAAGUGUGUAGAGAAUUGUUAUGGAUGUUUUAUGUUCAAACGCCAAUGGUGAUAUUUCAGCAGGAAAAUGAUUCUAAAUUCUCAGUAUGUUCCGGUAUAUCUAUACCAAGUUUAACUACUACUGCCUUUAAAAGUAGCCUGUCACCAUUUUGUGAAUAUUUUUCAAUGAUACGUGAUAUUGAAAAGUUUGGAACUGAUUUGCAACCUAUUUAUAAUCAAGAAUCAGAACUUCAAAGUCCUCCUUUUACUUAUGAAGCAUAUAAUGCUGCAUUAAAACAAUUCUUGUUUGAGUUUAAGACCGAAGUAAUUAAAAUGGAAAAGAAUGUAAUGAAACAAGAAAAAUGCAAUACAUUAUUAUCUUUAUCAGCUAAUCUGAAAAAAUAUUUAAAUACUAUAAAAAUACUUUAUGAUAUACAUCAAAAUGUUGUAACCGAUUGGAAAGUUAACCCUAAUUGGAAAUGUGCAUCUCGACUAUUAUCAUCUUUAUAUUAUGAAAUGCAAAAUUCUUAUAGCCGAGAAAGGACAAAUAUUUGUACAAAUUUGUAUCUAUGUAGUCUUACUAUUUACCUUAACAUAAUUGAUACAUGGCUAAGUGAAGGACGAUUAGAGGAUUGGCGAGAUGAAUUUAUGAUUGUAAGGGCUAUGGAGGAUGAAAAUGAUGAACAAAUUGAAAAAUUUAGAGUUCGAUUGUUUGAUAUUUGCUUGACAGAUCCAAUUAUGCAAUUCUUAUUGCAAAAAGUGCAACAUAUAGGUCACAGUAUUGAAUUACUUGUCUCUUUAGAUCGAAUUGCUGAUAUAUGGAGAAUGGACAAUGAGAAUAAUGACAUAAGGAUUUCAUUAAACACUGAAUUACAAAAUAAAUUAUUAUUGGAAAUAUCUAAAUAUAAUCCUUCAAUAGAAGAAACAGAUACUGCGUUGCAAAUAGAUAAAAUAUCAUUGCAAGAAUAUGAUGCUGAUAUUGAAAAGAAUAUAAUACAACAAUUAUCGAAUUCAUCAAAUCCAUUUUUAAAAGCUAUGGAAGACUAUAUCCCAUGUGAAUUAUAUAAAAACGAUACAGUAGAUGCUCCUGUGCGCAAUACGCACAACUCUAAAAGGAAGCAAAACCAAAUACAUAACUUAUAUAAAGAAUUACAAAAGAUAAGGUACAUCUUGCCGAUGAAAAACAUUUUGAAGAAUACAUUGUCUGAGAUUUUAAUUUUACGCUAUAAUAGCGCCAGCAAGUUAGUGAAAAAUAUUAUGAUUGAAGAAUACAAGCUGCAGACGCAUUUAAAGUUAUUGAGACAAGUUUAUAUGAUGGAAGCUGGACACGUAAUGAAUAAAUUUUAUCAAGUAUUGUUUUACGAGAUUGAAAAUAACCAAAUGUGGGCUAAUUCAUAUUUUUUAUCGUGUAUUCUUGAAGAGAUACUUUUUCAAUAUUGGCCAGAUUCAAGUUCACGCUGGUCAAUUACAGUUCAUGGCAAUAUUAAUACUCAUCAAGUAUUACAAGCUAUAAAUAAUGUAACAUUGCAUUAUACAGUAGAAUGGCCUAUAAGUAUAGUGUUGACUAAAAAAGUCUUGGAAAAAUACAAUGAGAUAUUUAGAUUUCAAUUAAAAUUAAAAUGGGCAUUAUGGACAUUAAAUAAUUUAAAAUUUUAUGAUCUAGAGGAUUCUAAAUUGACGUAUAUAAAAGAUAGAGUGGCACAAUUUCACAUAAGACGCCUUGAAAGUUUGAAAUUUUGGUUGUUACAUGCUAUAGGAUCUAUACAUACAUACUUGUCUGGUCAAGUAUUACAGAGCCUAGGUUUUGUACUGGAGAAAAUUCUAUCUCAGGCGGAUAGUCUCGAUACUAUUAUAUCAGUACAUAAUGAAUAUUUGGACAAAAUUCACAAGCAUUGCUUAUUGACAGAGGAGUUUGAAGAUUUAAUGGCAACUAUAAAUAAUAUGAUUGAAAUGUGUGUUCACAUACGAGACCGAUGGUCAUGCAAAAAGUUAUUGUUAGCUGCUACAGAGUUGGAUGUAAUGGAACAAAGUUACAUAAAGUAUCAUACAUAUCUUGCUUUAGCGUUGCACAAUGCUAUACAACAUAAGGAUGCAGAUUAUUUGACUGCCUUAAGUUCAGCCUUUAAUUGCAGUAUGCCAUGUACUUAAUUUUAUAGUGUCAAUAUGUGCCGAUUUAACAACCAGUGUAUACCCUGAUUUUUCCAUUUGAGAUUAACAACAUAUCAAUUCCAUUUCAUAUUUAUAUCAAUUAUGCUUUAUACUACAAUAAUUAUAUGUGUAGUAUUUAGCUGUUAUUCCAUUAGAUCGAUGGAUUAUCACUUUUCGCUAAUAUUUAAUAUUAAUUUUUUAGACUAAUUAUUUUUUAGAUGUAAAUUUGUUACGCAAAGAUCUGUAAUAUUUACAACAUAGAAUAUUAUAUAUUUAUUUUUUUAAAUAAUUGUUUUGUUAUAUAUAAAAUCGAAAGAAAAAUAUGUUACUUUAUUUUUUUUAGAAUAAAAACUGUAUAUAAAAUUAAACUGAUCAUUUUCCUGAAUGAUUAUCAGUAUAACUAUCCAAGAUGUCAACUUCCUAUUUCCCUAAUCCCUUCCAGACAAAUUGAUGCCAGCGUCUACAGCCUGCAUUGGUGACAAGUCGUUUAAAGAUAAUAAUAAAUUCAUUAAAUUUAUUACUGAUCUUAAUCGAACCUUAUUAAUGGAAAUUGCACAUCAGAGUUUACCACCCUCAGGCAUUCUUCUACCAGUCCCCAAA